AUGGAGAUCCAGUUGCCUGAGGUGCCGUUGUUGAGAAUCUUCUCCUUUCUGGAUGUAAUCAGCUUGCUACAAGUUUCCAAAGUGAACAAGUCCUGGAAGAAAGUUGCAGAGACUGAAUCCCUGUGGAGAAACCUGUGUCUGAAAAAAUGGAGCUUCUGCAAUUUCACUCAGCUUCAAGGCACACAGACGUGGAAGAAUUUCUUCCUCCAUCUAACGAGGCAGGAGCGCCAGAUGGCCUUGGCAGAGCCACAGGACUUUAACGUCAAAGUAACAAAGGACAAGAUAGGAGUCAUAGGAGCUAUGGCUUACCUCUCAGGCAAUGGCCACACAGAAGAUGCGCAAGAAAAGUCAAUCUUGUGUACCCUGUCAUCCAAGUGCAUAUUGUAUGCCUGGGACGUGCAGGAGGGUGUUGUGAUCUGGGAAAGCCCAGUCCAGAGAACUCGGCUCUUGAAUCUUGCAACCCUCCCUCAGAUGCAUCUUGUAUUUACUGUGGACAUGGAGGGAAAGAUCAAAAUGUGGAAUUGUUGGGACAAAGAGGAUUUGGCUACUCUCAGCAUGCCCAAUCCCUGUUUUUCCUUGGAAACUUGUGUCACCGUGGAGGGCUCGUUCCUGAUGGUGGGCAGCAUUAAAGGUGAAAUCUACACAUUGACUGUGCCUGAGUUAAGGGAAGUUUCUAAAAUAAAAGCAUUUGAAUAUAGCGUUGAUUUUCUGAACUUCUCUCCUGACAACAAAUGGCUGUUUGCAUGUGGAUCCCAUCAAGUCACAUUGCCAACGGUAUUUUUGACAGAGUACUUGCUGAACCCAGCAGGAAACCAUGUUCCUGCGACUCUCUCAGUUCCAUCUUCAUCAUGCUGCACAAACUCCUGGGCCCCAAGGAGACCAAACAGGAUCAUAGUGAUGUUCCGGAAAGGUUUUGUCAAUGCUACAGGGUUUAUCACCUUCGACAUAACAGCUGAGAGGACUGAAGGCAACAUAGUUGUUACUGCAAGUCAGAUCGCAAGUUUCCGGCUGCCAGCUCACAUGGAGAUUCCUACAUGGAUGGGAGUUAGUGACGGGAAUACGAUUGCCUUUGAGAGUGGUCCCUUCCUGUUCCUCUUCUCCAUCAGAGGCCUCCAAAUACAACAAUUUGAACAUCACCAGAGGAACAUUGUCUGCCUGUGGGCGGACUCUGUCCAUGUGCUCACCGCAGGCAUGGAUGAUUCUUUGCACAUGUACAUGUGGGAAGAAGGAGAUCGUUCUCCAUAUCUCAAGAGCUGCUUUCAUCUGCAAUACAGGGACGCUCUUGGUAGUGCACCAAACUGCUAUCUCUCCAAAGCCAUCUGUGAUAAUAGGAGCAUAGUGUACGUGGUGUCAAAAAUCCGUGAAUCCAGCAUGCUGUUGAUGUAUUCCUUGAAAAAGAAUUAUGGACAUUAA